GGGAGCGGGCAUGGGAAUGAGUACGGAUGUGACACAGACACCAGAGGCGCCAAAGACGUUUCAACAAUCACAGGAUGAACUGUUUUCGAAACUCGAGGCGUUGGCGGCGGCCAAAACGAAAUCGAGUCCAUUGAAAACGUCCCGGCACACACGCCCAGGAGUGCGACUUGGGGCCGGUACUGUUCCGGGGCAGCAACCCAACAGCUACAACAGCGGCAUGAGUAGCAGCAAUUUUGGAUAUCAAGGAGGUUCUUCAGCUCCAUCAUUGAGGCUCCAAUCCCGCCAGUCGCCAGCUAGUUCGCAAUCAGGAUCCAGAAAUGGCGGCUCGGGCUCUUUGUCGUCUUCAACUGCACCCCCACAGAAGCUGCGCGAACCAAGAAGGCGCAUCAACAGUGCUCAGUUCAAGACCCCCUCUGCUGCCGAGACGUCAGAGCUGGCCCAGAUUGUUGUCGCCAACGCAACGCCUCCGAAAACCCAGGACAAAUUACGCAAGCGGGCGAGUACACUCAGUUUGACGACGACGACGUUUAUGCCACCAGGAAGUUUGAACCCUAGCAUUGCGGCCUCGACACUGGAAGGAGGUCUCGGUAACGUUGAACUCGACUACCGUCAGCGGUACGAGGCCGCAUCCCGGGAAGCCAAGCAAUGGGAAAAGAAGUAUUCGUCCGCACAGAAUCAACUACACUACGAACGCGAGCGUUGGGAAGAGAAAUACGGCGCUUUGGAAAAGACGCUCAAGGAUCUGGAGAACAGUCGAACAGAGGCCAAUGUUGGGAAAAUGAAUUCGUUGCUCGACACAGUGAAACAACUGCAGGUGGCAAACGAGGCGUUCAGGAAACAGCUUCAAGGUGCAGGCAUAGAACCCGAUCCUACACCUGCGGCACACUUCCAUUCAGAGGAGUUGUUGGUGGGCGAAAACAUGGACCGGACGUACUUGGAGGAGAACGAACGGUUGAAGGAACAAUCUUUGGUGACGGGCCAAAAGAUUACUCACCUCUCCACCGAGAUCAAUAAUGCGGCGAUCGCGAUCUCUCAGACGAUCAACUACGUCCAAUUGCGCUACCUGACCCAGAUGCUCGAUGCUGCCGAACACGUCAGCUCCCAGAAGCGUACCCGAGCCAUGUCCAACUCCUUCCUCUCAGACAUGCUCAGUCGCGGCGUCAAGAAGUCCUCGAACAGCUCGGUCUCGCAAACAAAAACCACCUCCGCUGUCGCCACCCAAACCCCACCCACAACCUUCCCAACCCAGCAACUGCGGCAACAACACCCCCUCGCCACCACCACCACCACCACCGGCUUCCACAACCCUAGCUCUCAACUCCACAAGAACUCAAGUCUCUCAUCCAGUCUAUUCAGCCUUGCAGGACUCCACGGUAGCAGCGGCGCUGACAAGUCGAUUCAGUACCGACUGAGGGGCUCGAUCGUUGAUGACCGCUCACGAUCUAAAUAUCGACAGGGGAUCGCCCCCGAUGUCUUCCAUGACCUCAGGGGUAGUCCGACCGCCCCCUCAUCUACUGACUUGCUCGCUGCAGGACUCGCGGCUGCACCUACACCACUCCCCAAAUUCCAAUACGCCUCCCCGACAAGCUCACAGCUUCGCAUGGUCAUCUCAGACGGGGCCAGCUGCAAGUCCAUGAGCGUAGCGAGUGGAUCUCGAGCCAGUAGCAUACACCGUGGUGCGGGAGGGAGUAUCGCCAGCGCGGAAGGGUCCCCCCUGAGACGGUCGACCUCGGAGUUUAGUCUCGGCCAGAACGGGCCCGCGAGAACGGGAGACAGGUAUUCGUAUUCGCCUAUACAACCAUCGAGACCUUCAAGUCACAAAAUCACCGAUGGAACCGCCAAGCCAGGGUCGGGAUCAGGAGUAGGGUUGUCCGGUGGGGUGGAUCGAUCGAGGAGUCAACAGUUUUUGAACCCGGGGAGGGCAAUGGUGUACAACGGUAGUAACAACGGCAACGGCAACGGCAACGGCAACGGUAGUAGCUAGCGCAGUGACCACGAACUACAGCCCCCCCGGUUCCCCAGCGUCGAGUAUUAUGCCAUAGUCCAAGAUCCUUUCGAACAUAGACCAAGUAGUCCAUACCUCUCAUGAAACGCAUACACAUUUUUCUCCUACAUAAACACAGAUCCAUAGUAUUU